GAGAGAGAGAGAACAGAAUAUGGAAUGCGAUGCUCUUCUAAGCGCGAAACCGAUGGAAUGGAAUUGGAAAACUGGCGAUUCUGAGUGAAUUUAGUGCGCAACAGCCGCUAAACGCUACCCCUGUCCAGAUUCAUUCCUUCUUUAAUUCCUUCCUUCUCUAAUUCCUUCUUCUCUGGCUGCCUCAUCACUCUUCUCUCUUCAGGGUAUUAUCUGCUUUUCUUUUUUGGAAAUAGAAGAUCAUCACUCAAAUGUCUGCUGUGGGAAAUGGAAAUAAUAUUUUCUGGCACAACUGUCCUGUCGGAAAGCCUGAAAGGGAGAAACUUCUCGACCAAAAAGGUUGUGUUGUCUGGAUCACAGGCCUUAGUGGAUCAGGGAAAAGCACUGUAGCUUGCUCAUUGAGUAGAGAGCUUCAUGCGAGAGGGAAGAUUUCUUAUGUGCUAGAUGGAGACAACCUUCGACAUGGACUAAACAAUAAUCUUAGUUUUAGUGCUGAAGAUCGUGCUGAAAAUAUUCGCAGAGUUGGGGAAGUAGCAAAACUUUUUGCUGAUGCUGGUUUAAUAUGCAUUGCUAGUUUGAUAUCUCCAUAUAGAAGAGAUAGGGAUUUCUGCCGUGAAUUAUUGCGUGAGGCAAACUUUAUUGAGGUGUUCAUGAACAUGCCUCUAGAAUUAUGUGAGGCAAGAGAUGCAAAGGGCCUUUACAAACUCGCCCGAGAGGGAAAGAUCAAAGGUUUUACUGGGAUCGACGACCCGUACGAACCGCCUCUGAACUGCGAGAUCGAAUUAAGGCAAAACGAUGGAGUUUGCCCGACCCCGUGCGCCAUGGCAAAGCAGAUAGUGGCUUACUUGGAGGAAAAAGGAUUUCUUGAAGCUUAGUUGCAACCGUUGCCUCGACCACCUGUUGGGUACAUCGAAUGGUUCGAUGUCUGAUGGGGAAUAUGUUUAAAGAAUAGACUGAUAGGCAAUAAGUACAUAAUAUAAGGGGAGGUUCCUUGAACAAGGAAUAGAAGAUGUAAUUUUAGAAAAAAAUGUAAAUCUGAUAUCUCUGGAAAGAAGUAUUAUAAUAGAGAGAUAGAUGAUGUUGGUUUUAUGAAAUUGCUCACUUAUUCAAUCAGUUAUUAUUGGGAAUGCUUCUGACUUGUCUUAGGUUGGACCAAACUGAAAAUUUAGUGUCAUAAUUCAUUAUUUAUUUGGAAA